GAUGGACCAGGACUCUGACUUUUGUGCAAGAGUGGAAAUCAAAGAUUUUGGCAACAAUCAUGAGGCAACUGAAAACAAGCACUGAGCCACAAAAACUAAGUCAAUGGCAGCAAUCACUGGACUGUAUCUAACAUAAUUAAUGCCAACAACAAGAGGAGUGGAAAACUGGAGCACCACUGAAAUCAUUUCAUCGUAUUACAAGUGGAUGAAUGACCACAAUGAUCAUUAUUGAGAUUUCUUUUUACAGAGACAGAAAGUAAAACAUGCAAAAAAGCUGGAGAGAAUUUGGAAAAUAGAGGAAAAAAACCAUCAGCAUCCCAAAAAAUAAAAAUAUCCACAUGGAUUAAAUAGCUCUAUAUGCACCCAUAUUUCUUUUACUAACCUUCACUAUUAACCAGUUAAUGAAAUUACUCUAUGUUUUCUGAAUCCGUUUAUGGAUAUUGACUACACAUAAUAGAUUGUUUCCUAAUCACACACAUAGGAAAAAAAGUCUCCACUGAGUGAAUCUGGUCUGUGUUUUCCGGCUGCCCUUUUACAUUUAUUAGAUCCAAAUUUUACUUAUUAGAAAACUGGAGCACCACUGAAAUCAUUUCAUCAUGUUACAAGUGGAUGAAAUAGCUAACCGUGAUCACUUUCUUGAGUUUUGUGUUUUGUUUGUUUGUUUGUUUGUUUUUACAGUGUGGGCUUCAGUUCAAGAGGAUUGCAGCAAAUAAAUGUUACAGGAUCAACUCAACACAUUUGCAUUGUUGCUGGGAAAAACUUCCCAGUGAUUUGUUGGUCUUUCUGAUGUGCUGUGUUUAGAUCAGUCAGAAUCUAAACAGUGAUGUCAUUGUGGAAAAUGAGCUGGCGUGGCAUUUUUACAACAAGAGAAGUGUGAGUUUAUCCUGCUGUCAGCCUGAUUUCUUAUGAUAUCUGUACCAGUAAACACUAGUAAAGAGUCUGCUGAGGGGGUUGGUGUAUUAAGACAUGCUGUUAUCCUUCUAAAUCGCUGUUUAACAUUAUCACAAAGCAUUUUUGCUGCAGUAAAGUACAAAAGAAGAGACUAAACCUCAUCUCCCUGCAUCUCUGGGAUCUGUUAGGUGAAGUUUACUGGCGCAAGUUUCAGCUGUGAUCUCAUCAUUUAUAAUGAGACAGACAACAGGAGGAGCCUGCUCACUUAUGCACUGAAAUCAGAUUCAAUGUUCACUGGGAAAUCAUUGCCAGAUUGUCUGUGUAUGUAAGCUUGUGCUGGAGGCGGUCUGGGGCCAGCUGACAGCAAGAGAAGAACAUUUACAGCCGGGUAUCUACUGCUGCACAGCCACCAUGUCUCAACCUGCACAGGAAGAUGAACAGGCCCAGCGUCCCGUAGUGAGAGAAGAGGACCUGACCGAAGCAAAGACCAAACUUGGUGGUGGUGGGGCGGUGAAGAGCAAGACCUUCGAAGUGAUGGAGGAGUGCGAGAAAAUGGGUAAAGCGGCUCCCUCUGUGUUCAGUGGAGUGAGAUCUGGAGGAGAGACGGCUUUAAACACUCGCUCCCCUCGGCAGGCCAGGAAGUAAAAGGAAAACUUCCCCUCCAUGGAUGAACGGCGCCUCUUCCAUGUUGCUGAUGUAAUUUAACCUGUUUGUUAUUGUUGUCAAAAGCAUUUUUCUUUUGUUGCUUCAUAUCAUGCAACUACCACCAGCUGAGAGAUGUUUAAUAGACCUCUUAGUCGGCCUAAAGCAAUAAAUUGUUUGAUAUA